CGUUGUUGUCUCCAUUAUAACGGUUUAAUACGAAUAAAGACUCGGGUUCGGCUGUGGUCGAAGCCCGCGGGCGUCCCGCUGCUUGGCCCGUGUUUACCCCGGUGGCGGCUCGCUAGCCUCAUCGGGCUAACGAGCAGUUGGCGUUAGCCUAGCGAACCGAGAGCUAGCUGUCUUCCUGUUCAAUCUGCAGACACGAGAUGAACAUGGAGGACAACAACGACGCGUCCCGGGCAUAGGCACUAGAAUCCCGGCUUCUAUCUCAUCCAACACGGGCUGUUAGUUGUCGUGUUGUUAGCCAGCAGUGCAGCAACAAGCUAGCUCCAUGUUGAUUGGCUCAUGACAGUCUUAUUUACCCGCUUGUAGCUUAUUUCUGACACAUGCAUGUCCACCGAUGUGUUUACAGACAGCUCCUCUAUGUGUGUGUAGUGUUUAUUCCUCCUGCAGGAGUCCGUGUGUUCAUCAAAAUUAGCCUUCAUGGUGGAAUUCCUUCAUUCGUACACCUGGGCCCCUUGUGUUUAUAGACCUAGGUGUGUAAGCUGCUUCUUCUCGCCAGUAAAAGUCGCAAACUGGUUUUCUGGGUCAGUCCACAUGUUUCACUGGGUCUGGUGCUGUUGAGCUGGAGACGUGAGUUGUGCAGCAGUUGUUUGUUGUGUUGGAGUAGAGACGUUGUGUCGUUGUGCGUCUGUUGAAAGAUCCACUCCAGGAGCGAUGGUUCGCUUGUGCGCGUUCCCGACUUGUGGCAACAAGAUGUCGCGGUCCAGUGCGCGCAGCUUCCACCGGCUGCCGCUGCGUGACGCGGGGACGCGGAGGUUGUGGCUGGAGGCGCUGGAGAUGGAUGCACACACCCCGGUGGAGGCGCUGCGUACCGCCGACCACCGGGUCUGCAGUGACCAUUUUGCCAGCGACGACUACAGCGAACCCAAGAGGAAGAGAAAAGCUCCACCGAAGCAUGUUUUCAUCAGGAGAACCGCGGUGCCGAGGGCGGGGAGACCUGCUGCACGCACAGCGGAGGUCAUGCUGCUGAUGGCUGAGGUGUGGACCUGGACACAGUCACAUCACACACAGGAGCAAGGCAGGAGAUCAGUAAACAUGCUCUUUAGACAAGUAGUAGAGAUGCUCUGAAAGAAAACUCGGAUACUCAGGAAAAAUCUAUGUCUGGAUUCAAUAACGUGUGUUUAAAUCCAUUAGUUUCACCCAGUUGGUAGAAAUCCAGUUG